AUGAAGUUCGCUACCGCUUUCAUUGGCCUCGUUGCCUCUGCUACCUAUGCUGCUGCUGCCACCGUCACCUUUGUUACUCUUGAUGACAAGGAGCGCACCAUCAUCUUCACCCCUGACCCUGGUUUCGAGGGUCCCGAGUCCGUCACUGUCAGCAGUGCUAAGGAAGUUACUGUCGAUUUCCCUGACAAGUACAUCGGUAACUUCUACGCUGUCCAGAAGGGCCAUGAGGACAAGCCCGGUAUGCUCGGUGAGGUCACCUUCGGUGGCUGGAACGGCAAGACCUACUUCGACGUCUCUGCUAUUGUCGACCCCAACGACAAGGACAACGUCAAGCAGAUGUGGCCCAAGGCUGGCAACAGCCCCAUGUCUGGCUGCGAGACUUUCCCCUGCGACAACGCCUACUGGCUCCCUGACGACGUCCAGACCAAGGUCACUGAGGAGGUUGACCUCAUCACCACCCUCGGUUCUGGCGCCAGCCCUUACUCUGCUUAA